AUGAGCUUUCCAAUUCUGUUAAAUCUGAACAAUCAAGUGGCUACUCACCAGUUCCGAUAUCGAUUCUCGCAGCCAAUUGACUUCAGUCAGUAUGAAAUUGCACUAGGAUCAAUAUCUAUAUACUACUCGUGGCGAGCAAUUACUGCUCAGCGCCAAAACAAUAGUUUCAAGAUCAUAUGGCCGACAGCUUCUACUACAACUACUUAUUCUAUCACACUCCCUGAUGGCACAUAUUCAGCAAGCGAGAUCAACAACUACCUCCAAUACUUUUGCAUUCAGAACAAUCUUUAUCUGAUCAAUAACACGACUGGACAGUACUACUAUUUCAUCUCAUGUGCCGAGAAUCCCUCCAGUUAUGCUCUACAGUUUACUACUGCAUACACGCCUCAGCUCCAAGUAGAUAAUGCUGCUUUCGGAACUAUCAUCGGAUUCAGCCCAGCUAUAUAUCCAGCGGCGCAAACGACUAGUGUUUAUGCGGUUAAUAGCAAUUUGGUGCCUCAGAUAGACCCGACAGCCGCUGUUUACUACACACAUUCACGUCUGCUGGGAUUGAAUAUGGCGGUCUAA